AUGUGUUUGGUCAAUUACAUGGUAAUAAGAAAGUGUCCUGAAGGAAUGCGAUUUUCAAACUCAUCAAACGACUGUGAAGUAAUAACAACUGACGCCGAAUGUCCAAACAGAUCUACGGGACCAGUUGAUGAUACUAAAAAAUGCUUAGAACAAUGUCCAGAUACUAACUCGAUCUAUCAGACGAUUUUAACUGCGCCCGAAAAAUGUAACAAAUUUUGUUUAUGCAACUGGGGUAAACAUAUCGUCUUUGAAUGUCCUCCAUCAUUGCAUUUCAAUGUUGAAACUAAAACAUGUGACGACUCUGUCAGCAUCAAUGCUAAUAUUGCCUAUAAAAAUACUAAACUCGUACAGAAAUUCGGGCCAGUAAUUAAUUGUCCUAUGAUAUUGUCAAUUUUUCUACUGGGAGUGACGGCCCAGGAUGAAGACAAUUUUAAAUCUGAAAAUCAUUUAAAAAUGAGAACGAAAAUUUUCUGGCCUGAAAUUCAUACAACGGGAAACUGUAUCGGAAAAUGUCCGUCGUUAUUAGAAAAAUUAUCUUUUUUUACAAAUUUAUCUCACGAUGAUUGUAAUCUGUAUUGUUUGUGUUUACCCGGAUACCAGAUGGUAAAACAAUGUCCUGACAAUAAACAUUACUCGGAAUCAUUAAAUGAGUGCGUUGAGCCGGAGAAAGCUCAAUGUGCAAACAAAUUUGACGGUUGUUUGGGCAAUUGUACGCUGAGCCACGAUGGAUCAAGCGAUGGAAAACUUAUAGCACACCAGAAUUGCUUGAAAUUUUGCAAAUGUAAACCUAAUGGACGGUUGGAGUUGUACGAAUGUGCGCCAAAUCUUCAUUUCAGUGUAGAAAAUCAAUCUUGUAUGAGUCCUGAAGACGCUAAAUGUAACGUUGAGGUCAAUGGAUCUAAUGAGACUGAAGAAAUUCAAGAGCUAAAAAUGGAAGGAUGCUUAGGAAAAUGUCCAGAAACUAACUCGCCUAAUUAUACCGUUAUAAUUCCACAUAGCAAUUGUAAUUAUUUUUGCCAAUGCAACUGGGGCAAAUCUGUUAUCAUAAAAUGUCCUGAAUCUUUGCAUUUUAAUAAUCAAACCAAAACAUGUGACUCUGUCAUCAAUGCACAUUGUGUUGGUAAUGAUGUUAAUUAUAAUCUAAAAAAUAAUGAAUCAAACUCUUUAGAAAAAAACUCUGAAGUCACUAAAUCAACUUCUAAUGAAGAAAGUAAUAAUGUAAAUAGUGAAUCAAAUUUUGGAACUACUGAACCAAAUUCUAAUGACGAAGCUUAUAAUAAUGAAGAUAUAAAAUCAAAUUCUUCAAAAUCAGACAUUGAUGACUUUACUGAUUCAAUUUUUAAUGAAAAUACCAACACUGUAAAUAAUAAAACUAAUUCUACAGAAGAAAAUAAUAAUAAUAAUAAAGAUGAAUUAAAUUAUAUUGAAAAACACAAUCAAGCUACUGAAAUGAAUUCUAAUGAAAAAAAUAACUUAGAUAUUGAAUUAAACAAUGAUAAUAAUGAUGAUGAAAAUUCUACAGAAAAAACAAAUGAAAAUUACGACGACACGAGUUCGUCAAUAAAUAAUCAGAAUAAUAUUGAUAACGGAUGUAUUGGAAGCUGUCCUUCAUCUGACUCAAACAAAGUAUUUGCUUUGGUACAUAUGGACUGCAGAAAAUACUGUAUAUGUGUAGAUGGGUUCCCAGUUGCUAAAAAUUGUUCAGCUGGUUUUUACUUUGAUGAGAUAAUUAGACAAUGUUCGAAUGGAACUCAAGUUAAGAGCAACCAAGAUUUUCGCCCCAUUUCAAAUAUGCAAAUUGGAGUGAAGAUAAAAAAGAUAAUAAAAUAA